CCGUGUGGAGAUAGUUCUGCAUGGGCAUUUCAAUCGUAGAUAUACCAGUGAACAGGACAGUUAAAUUGAACAAAGUGUUAAACAGCAAGGGAUGACCUUGGAAGAUUAAAAACGAAGUCAAAGUUACAGUGAAUAAUUCCUGAUGAGCGAACAUCUGUGUUCAGUGUUUCUUCUGUGAAUAAUUAGUUCCAUUUGUUGCAACUUUGGUCUUUUCAGUUUCUAUAAACAGAGGGGCAUUCGUGGCGCCUUAAUUUUUUCCUUGCGCGCGCCGUCACUGACCUUGAACGAGAGGAACGCUCGAAACUGAAACGGCGAAGUCGGAAGAGUGUUGUCGGACGUGUGGUUGUGCCCGAAGUGACAAAUUGAUUUUGUGCAACGAAAGACGGGUUCCUUUUCUAUCUAUGGAUAUUUUUCACGUUUCCAGAAAGGCCUGAGGAACGAGCUGAGAACGAACGAGCUGCAAUUCCUACCACGCACACACACGCGCACACACGAGGGACACGAAGGACUGCGGCAUAAGAAAGAAACGACGAAGCUUCGAGUGAUUCCGGUGGUUUUCGUGCACGCAGAAGAUCACCCCAGGCAUUCGCAAUGGCCACCCUGUCCCUGCGUAUCUCCAUCCCGGAGAAAAACGCCACGAAGAUGAUGCAAUUUGACCCGAGCACAUCCGUUUACGACGCUUGCCGUAUUAUCAGAGAGAAACUCGCUGAAGCGAGUAACAUGGGCCAACCCAAGGACUACGGACUAUUCCUUGCUGACGAGGACGUCAAGAAAGGAGUCUGGCUGGAGCCAGGACGGAAUCUCGAUUAUUACAUUCUGAGGAACGGCGAUCUUCUCGAGUACCGGCGUAAACUGCGGACUCUCCGAGUGCGCAUGUUGGAUGGAACACUGAAGACGUUACUAGUGGAUGAUAGUCAAGCCGUCGCCAAUCUCAUGGUAGUAAUUUGCACGAAGAUAGGCAUCACGAAUCAUGACGAGUACUCGCUGGUGCGCGAGCUGGCCGACGAGGAAACCGAGAAUCAAAAGCCGGGCAAUUUCGGCACCCUCACCCUGAAGAGGAGGAAAGAGGAGAAAGGCGAACGGGACGCGAAAAUGGAUCAGCUCAGGAAGAAGCUGAAGACAGACGACGAAGUGAAUUGGAUCGAUCCUAGCAAGACGCUGAGGGAGCAAGGAAUAGACGAGUCGGAAACGGUCCUGCUGCGCAGAAAGUUCUUCUUUUCGGAUCAAAAUAUCGACAGCAGAGAUCCGGUGCAAUUAUCGCUUUUAUACGUCCAGGCUAGAGACGCGAUUCUAGACGGCACGCAUCCAGUUACUCAGGAAAAAGCGUGCAAUUUCGCCGGGAUACAAUGUCAGAUUCAAUUUGGCGACCACAAGGAAGACAAGCACAAACCAGGCUUUCUCGACCUGAAAGAAUUUCUGCCGCAGUCCUACUUGAAGGUGAAAGGUAUCGAGAAGAAAAUUUUUGCUGAGCACAAGAAGAACGUCGGCCUGUCCGAGCUCGACGCGAAAGUUUUGUACACGAAAACGGCGAGGUCGUUGAGCACAUAUGGCGUCACGUUUUUCCUGGUGAAAGAAAAAAUGAAGGGCAAGAACAAACUGGUGCCCCGUUUGCUGGGCGUCACGAAAGACUCGGUCUUGAGACUCGAUGAAAAGACGAAAGAAAUCUUGAAGACCUGGCCGUUGACUACCGUCCGACGUUGGGGUGCCUCUCCGAACACAUUCACGCUCGACUUUGGCGAUUAUUCCGAUCAAUAUUACAGCGUGCAGACCACCGAGGCCGAGCAGAUCCUUCAACUUAUCUCCGGUUACAUCGACAUCAUUCUGAAGAAGCAAAAGGCCAAGGAUCGGUUCGGUAUCGAGGGAGACGAGGGCUCGACGAUGGUCGAAGACAGCGUGUCGCCUCUGAAAGCGACCAUUAUGCAACACGAAACUAGCAACGUGGGUAAAGGAAACGUAGAAGCCGUGUCGGUCGCCAUACCAGCAGUCAUGAGAGUCGGAGGAGACGGGGCUCGACCAUAUGGGACCGGGCACAUGGGCGGUGCUCAAUACACGACUGUCAGCGGCCAGGUGAACAUCGCUCACGCUCCACCGAUGGUGCAACAAACCAAGGUCACAUCCGUCCUGUCCGAACCACAACGUGCCUUAUUGUCGACUAUUACCGCUGGUCACGAGGUGAUCAAUAUAGCGGAGACCGAGCUCUCGUGCAAGGCUCAGCUCCCGGAAUUGGGAACCGAUCCAGCCUCGUUGAAAUGGAUCGAGCAGACCAUAGACACCCAUAAACAGAACGUUGGAUCGCAAAUCGCGGCGAUGAACGCCGCCACGGCGCAGGUCGUCACCCUGACCUCCGGGCCAGCAGACGAUGUGGAUCACACCGCGGUGGGUGCAGCGAUCACCACGAUCACCAGCAACCUUCCUGAGAUGACGAAAGGCGUCAGGAUGAUCGCUGCCCUCAUGGACGACGACUCGUCCGGCGACAGACUUUUGGACGCCGCCAGGAAGCUCUGCUCCGCGUUCUCCGACUUGCUGAAAGCCACGGAGCCUGAAACCAAAGAGCCUUUCUACAUAAUGCCUUCUACCUACGAACGAUACCCGAGGCAGAACCUUUUGAACGCCGCGUCUCGCGUGGGUGAAGCAUCCCACCAAGUGCUGACGACCAUCGGAGAGGAGAACGACUCGAACCGGGAACUUCAAGACAUGCUGCUCGCCCUGGCCAAGGCGGUUGCCAACUCAACCGCUGCAUUGGUACUUAAAGCCAAAAACAUCGCUGCCACGUGUGAAGAUUCCGCUACGCAAAAUCGCGUGAUAUCCGCCGCUACCCAAUGCGCCCUUGCAACCUCGCAGCUGGUCGCCUGUGCAAAGGUCGUCGCGCCCACCUUGCACUCGACAGCCUGUCAGACGCAGCUGAUGAACGCCGUUCGCGAGGUGACGAAGGCGGUCGAAGGGUUGGUGGAAGUGUGCAACGAGACCUGCAACGACGAGAACCUUCUAAAAGAACUAAGCGCGGCCGCCAGCGAGGUGAGCAGAACGCUGAACGACCUGUUGAACCAUAUAAAGACGGCCACGAGGGGAGAACGAGCCAAAGAAUCGGUACAGGAAGGAGCUGUGGAGACUAUACUGGUAGCCACCGAUAAAUUGUUCGCCAGUACCGGGGAUGCUGGUGAAAUGGUGAGACAGGCAAGGGUAGUAGGUCAAGCAACGGCGCAGUUGAUUCAGAGCAUAAAGGGCGAGGCGGAAAGGCAAACGGAUACAGAGCAACAACGUCGACUGUUGGCCGCGGCGAAGGUGCUUGCAGAUGCCACCGCCAAGAUGGUAGAGGCUGCUAGACAAUGCGCCAGUAGUCCACACGAUGCAAAGAUGCAAGAUCAGUUGCGAUUAGCCGCGGAAGAACUGAGAGCAGCGACCACCGCAGCGGCUACUCCGGCUUUGCGGAGGAAAUUGAUCACCAGAUUGGAGGGUUGCGCGAAACAGGCCGCCUCCACGGCCACGCAGUGCAUAGUCGCUGCCUCAGGAGUCACCCAUCACAAUACGAACCUGGCCAGCCAGGAGGAAUUAGCCGCGGAGUGUCAAAUGAUGGUGCAGCAUAUACCGCACCUGGUAGCCGGAGUGAAGGGCACGCAAGCUCAACCAGACAAUCCCACGGCACAGUUGAACUUGAUCAACGCGUCAGAACAGUUCUUGCAACCUGGUACGGCUGUAGUGAAAGCUGCCAGGGCGGUUCUGCCGACGGUGACCGAUCAGGCUUCUGCUCUACAGUUGAACAAUACCUCUCAGCAAUUGGGCGCCUCUCUGUCGGACUUGAGGUCGGCGGUGACGCGUGCCAGAGAAGCUUGCGGCGGUUUGGAACUGGAUGCUGCCGAAGAACUGAUCAACAGCUUGAAGGACGAAUUGGGAGAGUUUUACAGAGCAGUAGAGGCUGCUUCUCUUAGGCCCUUGCCGGAUGAAACGACAGAGUCCACCGCUCUUCGACUGGGUGCCACGUCGAAGAACGUUGGAUUCGCCAUGGCUCAGCUCUUGUCUGCCGCGAAACAAGGUAACGAGAACUACACCGGAAGUGCUGCAAGGGAAACAGCGUCGGCGCUCAAGGAUCUUACUUAUGCUGUUCGCGGGGUCGCUGCUACUUCAAAUCAACCGGAAACGCAGAAGAAAGUACUGAUGACAGCGGACGACGUAAUCCUGAAGUCUUUGCAUCUCGUGAAGGAGGCCAAACGCGCUUUGAAGAGUCCGGAUAACCCGAGCAACGAAGCCAAUUUGGCCGCCGUUGCUAAAGACGUGUCGAACUCCUUGGACAAGUGCGUUUCCUGUUUACCUGGCCAAAGGGACGUCGACGAAGCGAUCAGGAACAUCGACGACAUGAUUCAAGUCCUCGGUAUGAACGAGUUCCCGCAGACCAACAAGAGCUAUGGACAACUGCAAAGCGAUCUGAACAACGCAGCCGCCAACUUGAAUGAUGCUUCGUCGGGCGUAGUCUCAUCUGUACGGUCUCCGGUGCAAUUAGCAAGCUCUUCGAAACAAUUCACCAACGCUUUCGGGGACUUGCUGGGCGUCGGAAUGGAGAUGGCCGGACAGACAACGAUCGAAACUCGAAGUCAGAUGGUUGUUUCCUUGAAGAACGUCAGCAUGACGUCUGGCAAGUUGCUGGUGACGGCUAAAUCAGUAGCGGCGGAUCCAGGCGCACCGAACGCGAAGAAUCAGCUGUCAGCCGCUGCUCGAGCCGUGACUGAUUCCAUCAAUUACCUCGUGGACGUUUGUACCUCCGCUGCACCGGGUCAAAACGAAUGCGACAACGCGAUUAGGAACAUCCAAUCGAUGCGGUCGCUUCUCGACAAUCCUAGCGAGCCGAUUUCCGACGCGUCGUACUUCGAGUGCCUUGAAACCGUGAUGGAGAAGAGCAAGAGUCUCGGCGAUGGGAUGACGGGGAUAGCGAAUCACGCAAAGAAAUCCGAACACGAGCAGUUCUCUGUUGCCGUUCGCGGAGUGUCCUCGUCCAUCUGCGGACUGAUCGAAGCGGCAGCUCAGGCGGCGUACUUGGCCGGAGUGAGCGAUUCCACUUCCGUGGCUGGGAAACCAGGUCUCGUGGAUCAGGCACAGUUCUUGAGAGCCGCGCAAGCUAUUCAUACCGGCUGCCAGAGCCUCGGGAAUCCCACGAGCACCGAACAACAGGUUCUCUUCGCGGCCACUAUGAUCGCGAAGUACACGAGUGCUCUAUGCAACGCUUGUCGCGAAGCCUCGAACAAAACCAGUAAUCCGGUCGCGAAACGACACUUCGUCCAGUCGGCCAAGGACGUUGCCAAUUCCACAUCCGCUUUGGUGAAGGAAAUUAAGGCGCUCGAUCAGAACUACUCCGAGACCAACAGAGAGAAGUGCGCGGAUGCAACGAGACCGCUUCUGGAGGCGGUUGACAAUCUUUGUACGUUCGCUGGGUCUCCCGAAUUCGCUAGCCAACCGGCAAAGAUCUCUAUCGCCGCCAGAGCCGCGCAGGAACCUAUUACCAGCGCCGGGAAAGCCAUCAUCGACGGCUCUUGCGCCAUGGUGCGAGCUGCUAAGAGUCUAGCAGUGAGCCCGAAGGAUCCCCCGACUUGGCAAUUGCUGGCUAAUCACAGCAAGAGCGUCAGCGACUCCAUAAAGUCUCUGGUCGCUUCUAUUCGAGACAAAGCGCCUGGACAAAAGGAGUGUGACGCUGCUAUCGACAAACUCUCAGCUAGAAUUCGCGAACUGGAUGCUGCCUCUCUCAGCGCGGUUUCGCAAGCUCUGGUCCCGCGACGCGAGAAUACGGUACAAGGAUUCACGGAUCAAAUGGAGAGUAGCGCCAGCGAGCUACGCGAGAAGCUGGAGCCUGUUCGAACAGCUGCUAAAUACGAGGCUGAGCACAUCGGUCAUGCCGUUAACCAGGUUGCCUUGUACUGUGAGCCCCUCGUUUCCGGUGCUAUCGGUGCUGCCUCGAACAUGGUGCACUCGAAGCAACAAAUGGUGCUGCUCGAUCAGACGAAAACCGUCGCGGAGUCCGCUCUGCAGCUCGUGUGCGUAACGAAGGAAUCCGGUGGCAAUCCAAAGGCUGUCAAUUUACACGCGGAAGUGGACGAGACUGUCGAGUCCACGAAGGACGCGUUGCAAGAAUUGCAAAACACUUUGGAGACCAUUUCUACCUCUAACGGGAUUGUUACUGGACUGAUCGACACCAUAUCUCGGGCGAUGGUUAGAUUGGAAGAUCAUAGGAUGUCUACGAUCGACACGGUCGAUUCUUACGUCGAUUAUCAGACAAGAAUGGUGGAGGCUGCCAAGGAGAUAGCUCGUCUGGCCCAGGAAAUGUCGACAAAAUCCAGCACCGACGUGGCCAGACUCGGCCCCCUGGCGGUGGACAUUUCCCAUAAGUACACGCAAUUGGCCCGCGACACUUCCGGCGCCUCCGCAGCCGCGUCCAACGCGGACGUGUCCGCGAGACUUCGCACAGGCGUUCAGGAACUUGGUCGAGCUUGCGCGGACAUCGUUCGCGCGGCUGGAACGUGUCAAAUGUCGUCGGGAGACGCUUACGCUCAAAGAGAGGUCGCAGAGCAUAGCAAGAUCGUCACAGAGAAGGUGUCUCAAGUACUGGCUGCUCUCCAGGCUGGUUCUCGUGGCACUCAAGCUUGCAUCAACGCCGCGAGCACCGUGUCGGGCAUCAUCGGCGAUCUGGACACCACGAUCAUGUUUGCCACCGCUGGAACUUUGCACGCGGAGAACGAAGGCGACACCUUCGCGGAUCACAGAGAGAAUAUCUUGAAAACGGCCAAGGCUCUCGUCGAGGACACCAAGACACUGGUGGCAGGGGCUGCUUCGUCGCAGGAACAGCUGGCAGUCGCUGCACAGAACGCUGUGUCGACGAUCGUUCAGCUGGCCGAGGUUGUGAAAUACGGGGCAGCCAGUUUGGGUAGCCAGAAUCCCGAAGCCCAAGUAAUGUUAAUAAACGCGGUAAAGGAUGUCGCCUCCGCCCUAGGCGAUCUCAUUCAUGCUACCAAAGCCGCCAGUGGAAAGCCCAUCAACGAUCCAAGCAUGGCACACUUGAAGGACUCUGCCAAGGUGAUGGUGACCAACGUAACAUCCUUGCUAAAGACGGUGAAAGCCGUGGAAGACGAACAUACGCGAGGUACCAGGGCUCUGGAGUCUACGAUCGAGGCCAUAGCUCAAGAAAUCCGCGCUCUGAACACCCCCGAGAUGCAGAAAACAAACGUGACCCCGGAAGACCUGGUGCGUUGCACGAAGAGCAUCACGGUCUCGACCGCGAAAGCGGUGGCUGCUGGAAAUAGCUGCAAACAGGACGACAUAAUCGCGGCCGCGAACAUGGGGCGAAAAGCCAUCAGCGACAUGCUAAUGAUCUGCAAAGGAGCGGCGUACAAUUGCGCGGAAACCGCCGAGCUCAGAGACAGGACACUUCAGGCUGGUCACGACGUGGCGAUCAAUUACAGAGAACUGUUGCAAGCUAUUCUUCAAAUAGCCUCCAGGUCCGGCGAUGCCAAGCACACUCUGCCACCGAUCUCACGGAAAAUCGCGCAGAGCGUCACCGAGCUGGUCGCGGUAGCCGAAUUGCUGAAAGGCAACGAUUGGGUGGACCCUGAUGAUCCCAAAGUCAUCGCUGAAAAUGAGCUGCUGGGCGCUGCUGCCAGCAUCGACGCAGCUGCCAAGAAGCUUGCUAGUUUGAGACCAAGAAGAAGCGUACAGGAGGCUAACGAAGACAUGAAUUUCGACGAAAUGAUCCUAGAGGCAGCUAAAUCGAUCGCAGCUGCGACGUCAGCCCUCAUCAAAGCAGCUAGCGCGGCUCAAAGGGAACUAAUAGCAACGGGGAAAGUUUCACGAACACCUUUGACCAGUUCAGACGAUGGUCAGUGGUCCGAAGGAUUGAUUUCUGCGGCGAGAAUGGUCGCGGCUGCGACUCACAGUCUCGUAGAAUCGGCGAACGCGCUUGUCCAGGGUGUCAGCUCCGAGGAAAAAUUGAUAUCCAGCGCGAAACAAGUUGCUAGCAGCACGGCACAGUUGUUGGUCGCUUGCAAGGUGAAAGCAGACCCGGAUAGCGAGAGCACGAAGCGUCUGCAGGCGGCAGGGAACGCGGUGAAGCGUGCUACGGACAACCUGGUGAGAGCAGCUCAGCAAGCCAUUCAGCAAGAAGAGGAUCGAUCCUUGAUCCUGAACCGCAGGAUGGUUGGCGGAAUCGCUCAGGAAAUAAAUGCCAGAUCGGAGGUGCUUCGUAUCGAGCGUGAACUUGAAGAGGCCAGAGGCAGACUCACGGCGAUUCGACAAGCUAAGUACAAGAACAGACCUGACCUGGCUGACACCGACACCGAGGCGGAGCAGAGCGGCUACGAGAGCUACACGACUAGGUACGAGACUCGAGCUUACGAUCCACACGCGCAGAUGAACCACAGUUUGGAUCAACUGCAGUCCACGACGCACAGCAUCAGCCAGCUGGCUGCUGAUAGGCAGAACUUGGUUAGCCCCGAGAAGGUUCACUCCACGCAGAGCACUCUGGAGAGAAAAAUGAAGGAUAGUCAGUAUCGAUCCACGAUGGAGAGCCAGUACGGAUUGGUGGAGAAAAAGUACAACGAGAACCAGUAUGACAGAAGGUACAACUCGGAGAGUCCUUACUCCAUGGACAAGAAGAUCGUCGUGGACAGCUCGCCAGGACAGUACAGCUCGAUAGAGAGGAAGAUCAAUCAGGAGAGUUACGGAACUAUUGAAAGGAAACAUAUGGAAGGACCGUAUCCGCCUGUGCACACCAUGACCUAUUCUCCAGCCUCUCCCACGCGCAAGAUCUUUCAAGAGCAGCAACAACAUGCUUACGAAAAGUACUCCCAGGAUCAGUACUCCGCCGAUGAUCGAUCUUACGAACAAAAAUCGUAUUCUCCAAGUCAGGAUCAUAAAUAUUACACCGAUUCCGUGGACAGAUUCUCUGGCCACGCGCCUAUGAGCACUUUCCGAUCGGAGAAGCAGACGGAGGCACAGCGUUUCGGUGGUAUUCCUCAGAACCAGUCGUACAGGAACAUAGAGAGCAAAGUUAUCCCUGGUGGCAGGAUGGAGUCUAUCCAUACGAAAGUUUACACCUCCACCCCUGCUAAGACCAGCAGUUCGAACUUCGAGUCCAAGGAGGAGACGAAAGAGUACGCGACUUCCGGUAACGAGCUGUCCACGUUCAAAGCUCUCGAUAAUAACGCCCACGAGGAACGCACCACGAAACAGUCGACGACGCAUAAAGUCACCGAGAAGAAAACCGUCACUAUGACGAUGUCCAGUAGGCAGGAGUCGAACACAAAGACGUUCCGGUUCGAGGAGAAGUAACUAGGGAAAGAGGGUCAAAGAACAUGACGUCUUCACGAAGUGUUCUUUGUAGACACUGCAUCGAAAUUAUUAUUUGGUGCAGAAUCGAGGGUGACUUUAGCGAUUAAAGUUGCUCGUAGGUUCUUUGUAAUAUUCUGUACAAGAAAGGGAACGUGGCCCUGAUGGUAAUUAAUUAUUAUACGUAUUUUGAUAUGACAAGCUGCGGCAAUCCGGCGAUACAAGAUAUUAUGAGAAAUUGGUUAACACUGAUGGGAGUGUGUAAGAAGAUAUGUUGAAGACUCGAAGAUCGAGAUCGCAUUUGCUGCUUUUUUUUGCUGAUAGAGUAAGUUGAAGUAAAUUCUGUACAAUUCUAUUUGCCUAUUUUAAACUUGAAAGUAAUUUUAAAAAAUUCGGUGCAAGAAAAUGCCAUAUAAACACGGAAGAGUUAAAAUCUUAAAUUCUUGAUUUUGUUCGAACUAUAGCAAUCGAUAUAAAGUAUACAGCUUUCAACGAAAUUGUUAACAUGCUUCGAUAUAGUUUUCCAGCUUUCUGACAGACAAUCGAUAUUAGAAAUUAAGGAACAGAAAGAAUCAGCGUUGUCUAUUCUAUACAUUUUAGUAAAUUUAUUUAAAUACGAUGGCCUGAACAUAGGGAUUCAAAGGAUUAAACUGUUUUUUUGAAUGCUUGAAAGUUAAUCAAAAAACAAUACUCCUCGAAAAUACACAAUUCGAAGGAACAUUGUCACAAAUGGACGCGUCAACGAUUCGUCCCUAGCACGUUAGUAUGUAUUUCGGCGUCUUUGUAUGAUAAUCUUUGUGAUGAAACGAUAGAGAAGUGUCCUUAGAUAGAAAUAACGUGUGCUUUCGAAGUUAGCCUUUUUAAGAAUAAUUAUCGGCUCGACACGAUGGACGAUAACCGUCCCCGUUCGCCUAAGCGAACUCGAAAUAUUUUUCAUCGUCGAAUGGAUAUUCAUUUAGUGUAAUAAGCAAGAUUGAUCUUUCAUUUGACGAUCGAACUUUUAUACGAAAUCGUAGAUAAGCACGCAUCGACAGUUUUUGAUCUUUUAAUCUAAUUUGAUAUUCAAAUUUUUGUCUUUUGAGAAACUUUUUAAAAAUUUGUGAAUUUUAUUAACGAUUUCACGGAUAAUAUAAAGUAUAAUAAGUACUCUAACAGAACCUGUACAUCUACCAGAGAGCCACGUAUAAAACUUUUUAUAUGGCUACUUGAUUUUUAAUAACAUUUUGAAGUAAAAAAAAAAAAAAUUUACAACGACGUAACACAAAAA